AUGACUCCUCAACCCCAAGGAGGUGACUUUUGUCUCGAGUGCCGUUGGGAGGGGUUCCAUAUUGAUGGCAAGGAUGAGUUUACUGCCGCAGGUGGACAGUCUCGGUCUGAGUGGAACUGCUCGAACCAGGCGCAUAACACGGCGCUUAAUGCUGCCCAUUGCGAGGUGGAUGAGGCAUGCUGUGAUGUGGAUGACUGCUCGCUAGAAUGCGGUUCAGCAUGCGACGGCUUUGUGGACUGCGAUACUUCCACUGUCUGUUCUGUUGCUCAUUGCGACGAUAAUCACUGUGAAGAUGCCCAGUGUGACGAGGAUCAUUGCGAAAGCACAGACCCUGUUUGCUUCGAAGACCACUGCUGUGACACACUUGAGGCGCAGAAUUGUGAGUUUGACUCGUUCUUCGGCCUCAAUACACCUCUAUCGUUAGACACACCGGGGAUAUUGCCACCAAGCUCAGUUCCGCAAAAUGCUAUUAGCGAAACGGGGAAAUUUUCUGAUCAUACUUUGCCGGGGAUCAUAGAUCCAUGUUACCAUCAAGAUUUCUUGUCAUCGUAUCAAGCGCAUGCCACUCAUUGCGAGCAAAAUGUCGCGAGUCAUUUUGAGUGCCAUGAUUUCCAGAAAGAUUUGCAGGGCAUCUUUCCGAUCCAACAGCUCCCCACUCAGGCGGAUGUCAACCCUAACGAUGUCUUUCAGCUGCUUGGGGUUUGUCCGGACUUUACAGUCCAAAGUGAUCCUCACUUCCCUCACGGUCAAACAAUCUCAAAUACCCUCGACCUCCCUAAGAACAACUUAUCUGACCCCCUGGGCUGCUUCCAACCCCACCCCGAGCAUCAUCAUGUGCAUGACCACGGCCAUGACCAUUUUAAGAACCCCAAUGACUUGAAUAUUAACCUUGGCCAUGGCCCCCAUCGGCAUCAUCAUCAGCGAUGCCGAAGUCAUCACCACCACGCCCACCCCUAUUCUCCCUACUCUCGACAGUCCCGAUCAAGCAUUAGCUCGCAUUUCCUUUCUAGCCCCGGAGAAACGCCACCGCCGCUGGACGGGGGUGUGUCUUCAGUUUUGACUACCCCUGAAUUUUCAGCCGAGGACAAAGACGUGCACAUCUGCAAAUGGACAACAAAUUUGAAUGGGAUCCGGGCGACUUGCGGUGCUGCUUUUGGUACUGCUGGCGCUCUUCAGGAUCAUCUUGUCGCUAGCCAUAUGAGCACCGUUGAUGGAGCCAAGGGAAAUGGCUAUUACUGUUGCUGGACUGGGUGCCAUCGCCCCAAUGAGCCGUUCUCACAGAAGUCUAAAUUGCAGGGUCAUUUCCUGACACACAGCAACUAUAAAAAUUUCUGCUGCUCUGUCUGCGGAAAGUCUUUUGCUCGCCAAGCGACCCUCGACCGACACGAGCGCAGUCAUCGCGGCGACAAGCCGUACAAGUGCAAGGAUUGUGGCAAGACAUUCACCGAUAGCAGUGAACUGAAAACGCAUUCGCGCACUCAUACAGGUGAAAAGCCCUUCAAAUGUACUUGGCCCGGAUGCAACUUCGAGACCGGAGACUCUUCAAAUAUGUCAAGCCAUAGAUUGACGCAUGGGGAACGCAAACACAAAUGCACCUAUCCUGGUUGCACGAAGAGUUUUACUCGACCCGACCAAUUAAAACGCCACCAACGCACAACACACAAAGACUCAUCCUCUAUGCUUCUCUCUCCAAGCCCUGACCACUUCACCAUGACCCCUUUCACGAUGGUAUAA